ACGAUCAUAGUCAGUCGCUGUGUAUACUGCUCUCGCGUUUAUAUCGAAAUAAAGUGCAAAAAACUGAUAGUUUCUGUCAAAAGUACUGUGAUUCAUAGUGAUCAAGUGAUAGUUCUAACAAAUUCGAAUAGAAAUAAACACGAAACAAUCAUAAAGUGAAGAAAAUUGUGAGAAAAAGUCGGCCGCGUCGAAGAGGUUAUCUGUCAAAUCUCCGAGCAACGACAAUAUUACCAAUACCAACUUAACAACAGAUACGUUCAGAAAUCUUCAUAAAAAGCCGUUCAAUCUCGCUGCGUUUCGAUACUGCAAUGGCUCAAUUGUCACCGGAGAUGUCACUUCUACUAGAAAGAAUGACAGAAAAACUCAAUAUCCAAACGCAAACAAUAACAGACAACGUUACGGCAACGAUAUUACUAAAAGUAGAGGAGACAAUUAAACCAAUAGUAGAGGAAAACAAGAAGUUGCGCAUCGAAUUACAAGAGCUGAACAGAAAAAUAGAAACACUGGACAAUAAUGCACGAAGAAACAAUGUUAUUUUACAUGGUAUUCCCGAGUCGCAAGAGGAAAAGUUCGAUCAAUUAAUAAACACCGUCAUCAAUACUAUCCAUGAUUUAGACGUCGAUCUAAAAAUAACGGACAUAAACCGUGUACAACGCUUGGGAAGGCGACAAGAAAAUGACAAUAAAAUAAGACCUAUCCUUCUUUCGACAACAUCUACCCAGAAAAAGAUCGAGAUACUAAGAAACAAGAAAAAAAUGAAACAAAAUACAUACAUAACACAUGAUGUCUCCAAAAAGUCACUACAAGAACGAAAAGAGAAAACGAAAACAACAGUAAAUGAAACAGAAAAAAGAAAAAGGCCAGACUCUGAAUCGCCAAGCCCAAACAAACCAGUCACAUCAACUAGAAAAGACAACAAAAUAACUAAAGUGGAUGCAUUUCAAGUCAUGCGAGAGCGUGCCUAUUCCUUAUCAGAUAAAAACACAUGGAGAAACUGAAAAAACUGCAAAAUCUACCACAAAAACAACACAAAUAAAAUUAAAACAACAAAAAAAGAAGUAUACUUAUCAACAAGAUUCAAAGAACCAGGAAAACCAACCACAAAAACAAGCAAAUUUAACACAACAACUAAACAAAACAAUAUUCCCCAAGCCGACUGGUCCUCGUGGGGAAUCAGACCACCACCCUCACACCUCCCAAAGAAGAAACAAACGCGAACAUCAAAAACAAAUACUCAAAAUAUGUACAUACAAUGUGCGAUCACUGUCAUCCCCGGAAAGGCUGUUGGAUCUAACACAAGCACUUGAAAAUAUAGAAUACGACGUUAUCGGACUUGCUGAAGUAAGACGAACUGGAUGUAAAAUAGAAGAACACCCAGACUUUAUAUUAUGCUAUAUAGGAGAAACAAAAGGACACCACGGAGUUGGCUUCCUAAUAAAGAAAACACUAAAACAGAAUAUCAUUGAUUUCAUUGGAAUAUCGGAAAGAGUAGCAGUGUUGAAAUUAAAAUUCAGAAACCAACCUAUAACUAUAAUACAAGCCUAUGCCCCUACCGAAAGAGCGAAGGAUGAAGAUAUGCAGAAAUUCUAUGAUGAUCUCAAGAACGCUCAAGAAACACAUGACACAAAUGUACUAGUCAUAGGGGAUUUCAACGCCAAAAUAGGCCAAGCACGGAAAUUUGAAAACCUAAUAAUGGGAAAGUAUGGAUAUGGCAAACGAAAUGAAAGAGGCACAUUGCUACUACAAUAUGCUAGUGAACAACGCUUAUCUGUCAUGAACACAUAUUUCAAGAAAAAAGAACAACGAAGAUGGACAUGGAUAUCACCUGACAAUAAAACAAAGAACGAGAUAGACUACAUUUUAUGCAACAAACCAAAACAGAUUACAAAUGUUGAGGUUCUAAACAAACUGUCCUUCCCCUCGGACCACAGACUUCUAAGGUCCUCUUUCUUACUUGAAGCACCAAAAAAAAGUAGGAAGGCCUAUAGAUCACUACCAAAACCACCAACAACAGAACAAGAGAAAGCAAAAUACCUACACCAUUUAAAGGAAAAUCUGAUAACAUGUUUUCACAACAAAGAUCAUACAAACAUACAAACUUAUUAUGAUAGCCUAGAAACUGCAAUAAUAAAUAGUCUAAAAAUGAAUAAUGAUGAACAAACGAAGAAGAAAAUACUAAGGCAAGAAACAAUAGAUCUACUAAACAAACGCACAGAACUGAUAGCAAUAAAAAACAAAUCAAAAGAAAUAAAAACAAAACUAAAAAACAUAUAUAAGAAAACAAAUAAAGCUAUCAGAAAAGAUUACAGAAGCCAUAGACAAGAAAUAAUUAAAAAAAAUCUAAUUACCUACAGAAGCUCGAAACGAGCUCAUAAAGAACUCAAAAGUCACAAAGAUUGGAUACAAAAAUUAAAAGACAAAGACCAAGAAACGAAGAGUAGGAAAGACGUUAUUACACAUGCUACGAAGUUCUAUCAAAACCUAUAUAAGAAACCAGAUGAAGAAUCAGACAAUACAACCUUUCUGGAACCAAAUGUAAACUACCAGGACAUAGUAGUACCGAUAUCAGAGCUGGAAAUAACAAAACAUAUUUCUCAUUUAAAACCAGAAAAGAGCCCCGGACCUGAUAAUAUCAGUAACGAAGCACUCAAAAUUGGAGCCCCACUACUAGUACCUUACCUUGCUCAGCUAUAUAACAUGGUCUUAGAACAAGAAACCGUCCCCAAACAGUGGUGCAGCUCGGAUAUCAUCCUACUGUAUAAAAAGGGCAAUCCACUAGAUGUUGGCAACUAUCGCCCAAUCAGUUUGCUGUCCAGUGUCUAUAAACUCUUCACAUCCAUACUGCAGACCCGAAUAACACCAAGUAUAGAUGCACACCAACCAAUAGAACAAGCUGGAUUCAGAUCAGGAUAUUCAACUAUAGACCACAUCCAUACCUUAGAUCAAAUAAUAACAAAAUACAUAGAAAAUAAAUACCCCCUAUAUAUAGCCUUUAUAGACUACUCGAAAGCCUUCGAUAGCAUCACACAUAGCUCUAUCUGGCGAGCUCUGAAAACAUGUAAAAUCAACAAAACAUACAUAAACAUCCUAAUAAAGAUCUAUAGCCAAAGUGUAAGCCGAGUGAAGAUGGAAAGAAAAGGAGAGGAGAUAUCUAUAGGCAAAGGUGUCCGACAAGGAGAUCCACUCUCACCGAAACUGUUCAUAGCAGUACUAGAGGAAGUUUUCAAGAAUAUACAGUGGAAGAAUAAAGGAAUCGCUAUACUUGAAAAACGGCUGACCCAUCUACGCUUUGCAGAUGAUAUAAUCAUCUUUGCGGAAUCUGCAACCCAACUAGAAGACAUGAUGAAUACCCUUGACAAGGAGAGCAAGAAAGUAGGACUACACAUGAACACAUCUAAGACAAAAGCCAUGACCAACAGUCGAAGAAGAUUAAUUAAUGUGGCAGGGACUGAAAUCGAUUAUGUUAAGGAAUACAUAUACUUGGGAAAACAGAUAUCCUUUAGCCCAUCUAAUAACGAGGAAGAAGUAGACAGACGCAUAAACAUAGCCUGGAAAAAGUUUUGGUCCCAGAAGGAAAUCUUGAAAGGCGAAUACAGUAUUGCCCAUAAGAAAAUCGUAAUGGAUACCUGUAUCCUACCUAGUCUAACUUACGGAAGUCAAACUUGGACAUACACAGAUAAAAUACGAAAAUCUAUAACGGCCUGUCAACGAUCUAUGGAGAGGAGUAUAUUGAAUAUUAGGAAAAUACAGAAAAUUAGAAGCGAAAUAAUACGUCAAAAAACCAAACUUACAGAUGCUCUCCAACAAUGUCUUCAUCUAAAAUGGCACUGGGCAGGUCAUGUAUCCAGAUAUGGGGACAAAAGAUGGACCCUAGAAGCAACAAAAUGGACCGGACCCGUAGGACGGAGACGCCCAGGAAAACCACAAAAAAAGUGGAUAGACGAUAUCUCCGCUGUUGCAGGAAAAGAUUGGCUUCGGAAAGCCCAAGACAGGGACAAGUGGAGGAAAAACGAGGAGGCUUUUACCCAACAGAUGGGAUCUACAGUCAGUUUAAAAAGAAAGGAAAAAUAACACACAACCAGACUGUAGAAGAAACGAAGCUCAU